GGCGUUUAGAUCCUAAACAGAUCCUAAAAUUUCGAUCUUAUACAUAAAGUACACUCCAUAGUAUUUUAAAUAAUUAGCCCCACUUCAAUGGCUCAGCGAUACGAUCGCGCGGUGACCAUUUACUCACCCGAUGGCCACCUGCUGCAGGUGGAGUACGCCCAGGAGGCCGUCCGAAGGGGAUCCACUGUGAUGGGUCUGCGCACCAACAACGCCAUUGUGCUCGGCGUGGAGAAACGUUCCGUGGGCGACUUGCAGGAGGAGCGCAUGGUGCGCAAGAUUUGCAUGCUCGACGACCACGUGGUGAUGACUUUUUCGGGUCUCACCGCGGACGCGCGGAUCCUGGUAAGCCGCGCCCAAAUGGAGGCUCAGAGCCAUCGCCUGAAUUUCGAGAAGCCCACGACCGUGGAGUACAUAACCAGAUACAUAGCCCAGCUGAAGCAGAACUACACGCAGAGCAAUGGGAGGCGUCCAUUUGGAUUGUCCUGCCUGGUUGGCGGCUUCGACGAGGAUGGCACUCCGCACCUGUUCCAAACGGACCCCUCGGGCAUCUUCUACGAGUGGAGGGCCAACACCACCGGCCGCUCAAGCCAGCCGGUCCGCGAUUACAUGGAGAAGCACGCGGACGAGAUUCUGACCAUCGCCGACGAGGCCGCGGCUGUCAAGCACAUAGUCCGCACCCUGGUCAGCGUGUCCUCGCUGAACCACACCCAAAUGGAGGUGGCGGAGCUCAAGUACCGCCAGCCACUGCGUAUGAUUGAUCACCAGGUCCUGGCCGAUCUGGAGCGCACCGUUCGCAGGGAAAUCGAAGCCGAGGCGGAGGCCAGUCGCCGACCCCGUGCCCCCUAGUUCUGGCUAGCCACCCUGGUCCACCCUGGCCGCCGUGGCCCCUGGCCAUUUUCAUGACCAAUCAAAAGUUGAUAACCGGUCGUGCUCUCUUUUUCUGGGCAAUUCAAUUUCGGCCGGGGAGAUGGGGAAAAGUAAUCAGCAGGAAAAAUGUGUAAAGCGGGCAAAUCACUUAAUUUGUCUCCAGGGCGUAUUUGUUUACUUUAUAUCCCUCUCCGGCGGAGAUGCGUACGCUCCUUUCAGGCCAACCAAGUUAAAAAGUUUUAAGUGAAAAUGCGAAUUGAAUUUGUAGAGGAAAAAUAAGAAAGUGCGCGCACACAUGCAGAAAAUGUUUGUAAAUCGAAAUGGUUCCCCUUGAUUGGGUUAAUAAAUUCCUAGGUGCCAAA